AUGAGUGUGGAACGUGCUGAUACGGAUAAUGAUGUGAAAAGUGGGUCACCGGGGACCGAGGUAAAGGGGUCAGGACCAGUUUUUCCACAUUUACAACAGCAGCAGCAACAACUGGUUGUUGAAAAUUCGAAGAUUGACUACGAAGCCGAGGCCAAGAAGCUUGAGGAGAAGGCUAAUCGUUUUUUGGCAAAACAAACACACCCUGUGAUAAUUCCUUCAUUUGCGGCAUGGUUUGAUUUUGACGAUAUUCAUGAGUUAGAGAAGAGGGCGUUGCCAAGUUUUUUCAACGAGUCAUCUCGGUUUAAGACACCAAAGGCAUACAAAGAUGUCAGAAAUUUCAUGAUAAACACAUAUAGACUUUCUCCAUAUGAAUAUUUGACUGUGACCGCUGUUCGGAGAAACAUUGCCAUGGAUGUUGCUUCAGUGUUGAAGAUUCAUCAAUUUUUGGAAAAAUGGGGUUUGAUCAAUUACCAGAUCGAUCCCAGGUCAAAGCCAUCCCUCGUCGGACCAAGUUUUACCGGUCACUUCCAGGUAGUGCUAGAUACGCCUCAAGGUUUGAAACCCUUUGUUCCACCUGAAGUUGUAGAAGAUACAGAAUCAACUUCGCAAACUCCAGCAGCUGAAUCUGCAGAUGGCUCAUCAGCUCCUGUCACGGUCAAAGAAGAGAAGAAAUUGGAAUUCAAAAAACCAGAGACAUUCCCAGUCAAUCUCUCUCUAAGAAAAAAUGUUUACGAUAACUUGCACGAUUUCAAUGCACUUCGUCAACUCAAUUUACAAUCUAAACAUAUCAACAGACAAUAUAUUUGUUUCACCUGUGGUAAUGACGCCACUACUAUUCGUUACCAUAAUUUAAGAUCAAAGAAUGUAAACAUAUGUUCUCGUUGUUUCGAAGAAGGUCACUUCGGUGCCAAUUUCCACUCAGCAGAUUUCAUCAGAUUAACAGAAAACUCAGCAGCUAGUACUAGCUCGUGGUCUGAUCAGGAGCUCCUACUCCUUCUAGAAGGUUUAGAAAUGUAUGAAGAUAAAUGGGAUAAAAUUGUGGACCAUGUUGGAGGAGCGAAGACCUUGGAAAUGUGUAUUGAAAAGUUCUUAAGUUUGCCUAUCGAAGACAAGUAUAUCAAUGAAAUACUUCCAAAGCCGGCUGCUUCGCAAUCAGAUAACAAAACAAAAUCGAUAAGUACUACUGAAGCUGUUGAUGCUACGAUAAAGUCAUUACUAGACGGUUUAAAUGAUAAAGUGCUAAACGAAGAUAUUCCAAAGGCAGCCUCGAAUAUUUCCGAAAAGUACGUUCAGGAAGCUCAACUAGUAGUACAGGACCUCGUCGAAGCAACUUUAGAUAAACUUGACUUGAAGCUGAAAAAAGUAGAUCAAAUAGAAAAAUCUAUGAAGGCAGAAAGAGAUAUUUAUAUCAAAGAAACUGAAAGAUUGGUAAAUGAAAGAUUGAAGUUAAGCAAGCAAAUAAAGGACAUAAAUGCCCAUCUAGCUGAACUACAGAUCACCAAAAGAAUUGUAUUAUCAUCGGACCAAAAAAGCGAAACUGACAUCUCUUUGAUGGAGAAAGCCGAUGCAGAACACGAGAAUGAGCUAAAGAAGAAUGAAGAUAUCGACAUUCAAAGUAUUUCUAAGGCAGAACCUCAAUUAUAUAAGAAAUGGUCUCUUUAA